UUCAUCAAAAAUAUUAUUGUCAUCACCAAAAUGGAAGAAGAAGAUAAGGAAGUGAAAUUAUAUGGAUUCUGGGCUAGCCCUUUCGUCCAUAGAAUUGAAUGGGCUCUUCAAAUGAAGGGGAUCAAAUACGAAUACAUUGAAGAAGAUGUAAUAAACAACAAGAGCAACUCCUUGUUGCAGUACAACCCUGUUUACAAGAAAGUCCCAGUCCUAGUUCAUGGAGGAAACCCAAUUUCUGAGUCCACCAUAAUCCUCGAAUACAUUGAACAACUAUGGCCUCACAAUCCCCGUCUCCUAUCUCAAAAUCCCUAUGAAAGAGCCAUGGCUAGGUUUUGGAUUCACUUUGGAGAGGAAAUGUGGCCCAUAUUUAGAGCAGUUAUGAAAGCAAAUACUGUGGAUGAGAAAGAGAAUGCAAAGAGAGAUGCUAUUGGAAUGAUGAAAAGUUUGGAAGAAGGAGGAUUGGGAGAUAGAACAUUCUUUGAUGGUGAUUCCAUUGGAUUGGUAGAUAUAUCCUUUGGUUGGAUGACUUACUUUCUAGAAGCUUUUGAAGAGGCGGUUGGUGUGAAGCUACUAGAACCUUCUGUUUUGCCUCGACUCCAUGCUUGGGCCCAAAGAUUCAAGGAGCUACCCAUUGUCAAAGAAAAUCAUCCCAAUCAUGAAAAAUUGGUUGAUCAUAUCAGGCGAGUAAGAGAGAGACUUCUUCUUGCAAGUACUUCUCCAAAUCCCUAAUUAAAUUACUUUAUUAUAAAAAGUUCAGACUAAAUUGUGCUGGGUUAUAAUUGCAAGCUAAUAAAAUAAAUCUCCUGUUCCUUUCAUAUUAAAAUUUCA